GCCCAGCCCCUUAAACGGACAGCCAGCGGGCCGGCGACGUCCUUGUCCUUGUCGCGAAGGGGCAUUCGCCCGCACCAGAGGAACCUGCUGAGCCUGCAGCAGCUGCGGCACAUCAAGAACCUCGUGGACCAGGCCGUCGCGGAGCAGAAGAUCUUCUCCAUCUGCGGCGCCUUCCCGUCGGUGCGCGAGGCGCUCAAGAGCCGCGGCUGGCUGGAGAAGAAGUGGGUGCCCAACGAGUGCCCGCGCGAGCGGCCGGGCGACCGGGAGCGCGAGCGCGAGACGAGGGAGAAGGAGGCCAAGGAGCGGGACGCCGACAAGGAGAACAAGGAGCGCGACGGCGAGGAGGAGAAGAAGAAGGAGGAGAAGAAGGUCACGGAGCACAAGGACAGGAUAAAAAGCGAGGAGUCGAUGCAGACCCUGCUGGACUCGCUGGCGGGCGAGGAGCUGAACGAGAAGGCCGUGGUGGCGCGGCUGCUGCGCGGCGUCCCCGCCAACUUCAUCUGGACCGUCAAGUUUGACGGCAUCGACUGGAAGCGACUCAAGAAGCGGCAGAUCAUCAACCGCUUCCCGAAGGCUUCCUUCACCACCAAAAUCGGCCUCAGCACCUUCCUGCGCCAAAUGCACUGGUUCUCCGAGGAGGGCGUGUCGCUGACGUGCUUCCCGCGCUGCUACAACAUCUGCCAGCCAGACGACAUGGAGGCCUUCGUGGACGACUUCCGGCUCACCGCCUGCCUCAACACGCUCAAGUGGCUCGUCGAGGAGGUGGACAAGGGCGGCGCCAACGCCGUGCAAAGCCCCAGCGGCAAGGUUCCGAAGAUGGCGGUGGAGUUCGCGCUGACGCGCUGCCGGGAGUUCCUCCUGGAGCACUCCAACGAGCACCUGGACCGCGCCACGCCGCCCACCGUGUUCACCCACCAGUGGGACCAGUUCCUGGCCUGGACGUACCUGCUGCACCGCGACGAUGCGGCGCUCAACGCCGCCGCGCCCGAGCCCAGCAUCUCGGCGCUGUACGCGGAUUGCUGCUGGGUGCUGGAGCGCGCCGCGCCGCUGUGGCCGCAGCUGCAGCUGGACGGGCGCCUCAACGUGUGGAUCAUGAAGCCCGGCGCCAAGUCGCGGGGCCGCGGCAUCCACCUCGUGAACCAGCUCGACCUCCUCACGGCGCAGGUGUCCUCCACGCACCUGCGGGACGCGCGUUACGUCGCGCAGAAGUACAUUGAGCGGCCGCUGCUCAUCUGCGGCACCAAGUUCGACAUCCGGCAGUGGUUCCUCGUCACCAGCGUGUACCCGAUGACGAUCUGGAUGUACCGGGAGAGCUACCUGCGCUUCUGCUCGCAGUCCUUCAGCCUGCACAACAUGCACGAGUCGGUGCACCUGUGCAACAACGCGGUGCAGGCCAAGUACACCAACGGCAAGAGGGACCCCGCGCUGCCCGACGAGAACAUGUGGGACUGCUACACCUUCCAGACGUACCUCAGGGCCAUGGGGCGCGCGGACCUCUGGGACACGGUCAUCUACCCGGGCAUGCGGCAGGGCAUCGUGGGCAGCCUGCUGGCCUCGCAGGAGCACAUGGACAGGCGCGGGGACUGCUUCGAGCUGUUCGGCGCCGACUUCAUGCUCACCGAGGACUUCGUGCCGUGGCUCAUCGAGAUCAACUCGUGCCCCUGCAUGGCGCCGUCCACCAGCGUCACGGCGCGCAUGUGCGCGCAGUGCCUGGAGGACGUCAUCAAAGUGGUGGUGGACCGGCGCGCCGACCGCAACGCGGACACGGGGAUGUUCGAGCUGGUGUACCGCCAGCAGAUCCCGCCGCCGCCGCCCUACCUCGGCAUGUCGCUGUCCGUGCGCGGCCGCAAGAUCUCGUCCGGCGCGGCGUCGCGGCGCCGGAAGCCCGCCGGGUCCUCGUCGGACGCGGACAACGAGGCCUCGACGUCGACGUCGUCCACGGCGCCCUCAUUAGAUGCUAAGAAUCUAACAGGAUCACAAUCAUAA